AUCUCUCAGCUUACAAGUUCUCUCUCAUAUAUUGAACUACAAGCUUUUGUUCUGUACUCUUUUAAAUACGCCGCCGUUUUAUAUAUUUUUUUUCCUCUUACCUACCAUAAAACAAACUGUAAUCAUGCAAACCAUUUCGCCUGUGUUCUCGUGCGAUCUCAAAUCCGUAAUUCAACCGAAUCUAACGGCUAAGAUUGGGCGUUUCUCUCACGUAAAUGGAAAGCGCGUGUCUGUUCGUUGCGGUUACAGGUCUGAGUCGUUUAGUUUCCCUAACGGUGUUGGCUCGAGUCGAGCUGAUUGGCAAAGCUCAUGCGCCAUCUUAGCCAGCAAAGUAGUCUCGGCUGAGAAUUCAAGCUCCAUCGCCGAUCAAGUCGCCGUCGUUAACGGACACAGUAACGGCUCCGUCGAUCUAAGCAUCGUUCCAUCGAAAAACGGGAAGCCUGGAUUGGUUCAGCCGUUAACGAUUACGGAUCUGUCUCCGGCGCCGUCUCACGGAUCUACUCUCCGUGUAGCGUAUCAAGGAGUUCCCGGCGCGUAUUCCGAAGCGGCCGCCGGAAAAGCUUACCCGAACUCGGAAGCUAUCCCGUGUGAUCAGUUCGACGUUGCGUUUCAGGCGGUGGAGCUUUGGAUCGCCGAUCGUGCUGUUCUACCAGUUGAGAACUCUCUCGGUGGUUCGAUUCAUAGAAAUUACGAUCUCCUCCUCCGUCACCGUCUCCACAUCGUCGGAGAAGUUCAGAUCCCGGUUCACCACUGUCUCCUCGCACUCCCCGGAGUCCGCACGGAUUGCAUCACGCGAGUGAAGGAUUUGACGGAUUUACCCUCAAAUACUUAG